UUUCAGAAUAUAUAUUAAACAAGAGAAAGCAAUUGCUGUCCCUUUAAUAUUGGAACUGUGCACAUUACAAUAGGUGUCACUGUGCACAGUCCAAUCGUUAUCGGUGACUUCAGCUAUUGGCUCAAAGCACUGGCUGUCUGACUCCAUCUGCAGGGCUGGAAUACCUACUCUCUUCGGAUCCAUUCAACGCACAACUUCAGCCAGCUGAACAGCUAGCACUGCUACAGCACAUCUUGCUAACCUAAUUCAAAAAACAAGUGCCACAGCUUAAUGCGUGGUACCUCUGCACAGGGUAGGGUUUUUCUCAGGUUUUUCAAGAAGCCCUGGCAAGAAAAUCGAAUAGGGAGUCAUGAUGGGGAUGUGUUUAACAAAGCAAGUGCUGGAUCAAACUUAGACCCGGCCAGGUUUUCUUCUUCAACACAGUGAAAAAGGUCACCUUGCCUAACUGGAAAGAGAAGCAAAGAUUCGGCUUUGCCUGUUUCCAUUAACAGUUUGCUCCGACUUUCUUUUUCCCAAUGCUGUUACCUUGUUAGGCUAUUCAGGCAGACACAGUACUCAUGGUAGAUGACAAGGGAAAGAACAUGAAAUGUCUCACCUUCUUCUUGAUGCUUCCAGAGACCGUCAAGAACAGGUCCAGGAAGAGCUCUAAGAAGGGAAAUAGCAGCAACAGCAGCAAGUUACCACCAGUUUGCUAUGAAAUCAUUACCUUGAAGACAAAAAAGAAGAAGAAGAUGGCUGCUGAUAUUUUUCCCCGGAAGAAGCCAGCCAACUCUAACACAACCACUGUCCAGCAAUAUCACCAGCAGAACCUCAAUAACAACAACACUCUCCCGGCCCCAAAUUGGCAAGGGCUUUAUCCCACCAUCAGAGAGAGAAAUGCGGUGAUGUUCAACAAUGACUUGAUGGCAGAUGUUCAUUUUGUGGUUGGGCCACCAGGUGGGACGCAGCGGUUGCCAGGACACAAAUAUGUUUUAGCAGUUGGGAGUUCUGUAUUCCAUGCAAUGUUUUACGGAGAGCUUGCUGAGGACAAAGAUGAAAUACGUAUACCAGAUGUCGAACCUGCUGCUUUUCUCGCUAUGCUGAAAUAUAUCUAUUGCGAUGAAAUCGACCUGGCGGCCGACACAGUGCUAGCGACGCUGUAUGCUGCCAAAAAGUAUAUAGUCCCUCACCUGGCCCGCGCCUGUGUCAACUUUCUGGAGACCAGCCUGAGUGCCAAAAACGCCUGUGUAUUGCUCUCCCAAAGCUGCCUGUUUGAGGAGCCUGACCUGACCCAGCGUUGCUGGGAAGUGAUCGACGCGCAAGCCGAACUGGCUCUGAAAUCCGAGGGGUUCUGUGACAUCGAUUUCCAGACCCUAGAAAGCAUACUGCGCAGAGAGACUCUGAAUGCCAAAGAAAUCGUGGUUUUCGAGGCUGCCCUCAGCUGGGCCGAAGUGGAGUGCCAGAGGCAAGAACUGUCCCUGAGCAUCGAGAAUAAGCGCAAGGUCCUGGGCAAAGCGCUCUACUUGAUACGCAUCCCUACGAUGGCCCUCGAUGAUUUUGCAAAUGGGGCCGCCCAGUCUGGGGUCUUGACACUCAACGAGACCAAUGACAUCUUCCUCUGGUACACCGCUGCCAAGAAGCCGGAGUUGGAGUUUGUGAGUAACGCCCGGAAGGGCCUCGUCCCCCAGCGCUGUCACCGUUUCCAGUCCUGCGCCUACCGGAGCAACCAGUGGCGUUACCGGGGACGGUGCGACAGCAUUCAGUUCGCUGUCGACAAGAGAGUGUUCAUUGCCGGCUUCGGGCUGUACGGAUCUAGCUGUGGCUCAGCAGAAUACAGCGCCAAGAUUGAACUCAAGCGCCAGGGGGUCAUCCUGGGCCAGAACUUGAGCAAGUAUUUCUCCGACGGAUCCAGCAACACGUUCCCGGUUUGGUUCGAAUACCCGGUGCAGAUUGAACCAGACACCUUUUACACAGCAAGCGUGAUCCUGGAUGGGAACGAAUUGAGCUAUUUUGGACAGGAAGGAAUGACGGAAGUGCAGUGUGGUAAAGUGACCGUCCAGUUCCAGUGCUCUUCAGACAGUACUAACGGCACUGGCGUGCAGGGAGGACAGAUUCCAGAACUUAUAUUUUAUGCCUGAAGACACAUUUCCAAAAGAAACGAAGUUUCAUUCAGAACGCCUUGAUGCUUAGCUUAUCUGCAGAUGUGUGAGCAGUACAGGUAAUGUGUCAUUAAUGAAGCUGUGGGCAGUUUUCUCCUUUCUUUUCGCCUUUUAAUUUUAGAAAGGUUUAAAAGCGGUAUUCACCUUUCAACUAGAUGCUCCAGUGCCAAGUUCUAAUUAAGGCUUUAUUUUAGGAGUUGUGCCUAUACACAGAUAUGUCAUGUAUUUUUUUUCUUCCUAAAUGUUGCCCGUUCCACAGCAAUUGUCUAGAGUUCUUGUGUAUUCCAUUUUUAAACGUUAGUUUUAACCAGUAAGAAUAUGGGCAUAUUCUUAAAGGUGAUGGUGGAGGCGGGAUUUUGAAACUAUUACAGAAAAGUUACAGCCCCAGGGAGUUUGGAAGAACACUACACCUCACCAAAAGGAAAAGUUUGAAUUUUAGGUAAAGAUUUCUGCAGUGUGAUGUAGUAGCCCCUUCAGAAUUAUAUAUCGUUCUUUUUUUGACUCCGUUUCUGGCCGUUGCUCUGUCCUAAAAGAAGUAAUCAUAGCGGCAUUUACUGCUUGAAGUCAAGAUGGCUUAUCUCUGAACCCUACUCGACUCACUCUAGAAGAGGAAGUGGAGGGUGCUUUGAAAUCACUUUCAGGAUGGGGCUAAAGUUAGUGAGGUGGUGGUGUCCCCCUUCAGAGACUUUGCCAUUUCAGUGCCUACGGGCAUCCUCUAAACUGUCUCCGUGGAGCCUCUCCUCCCAUUCUCUGGAGAGGGCAGAGGCCCGGAGGUUUUCAGCCACAGAGGCUGCCCCUCAAAGCGUGACUCACCAGGUUCCUUCCCAAAAUGUCAGGAGCGAUGCUGUGGGUAUGCACCCUGACCUUCCCGAGGCUGGGAGUGGGAGAUGGGUUUGUGCCCUUCUCCCAAACCUUUUCCGAGUCAUCUCACAGUCAACGUUGCCGUGAGUGAGAGAGACCGCGUGGGCUGGAGGUUGAAAGGUCAAAGCCGCUAAUUCUCCAGAGCACCGUGAUUAAACAAGAGAUCAGCCAAAAAUAUGGAUCCCUGGACUAUGAAACUCAAUGUGAAUAACUUAAGGUUCUGUUUUCUUUUUUAAAAAUCUUUCAGUAGCUGUACAAGCUUAUUAUAGUGUUGCGUGUUCUGUCAAAGAGAAGGGGGCCACAGGCUGGUUAGUUGAGAAGAAAGGCAGUUCUGGAAGGAGCAUCAGGUUAGGAGCCUAGUCAGAGCACUAGUUGGAACGCAGUUUUUGAGAGGGCCACUCUCCCUAGUCGGCCGCUGGCACUUGUCUCGCAGCCACUCCGCCUGGUAGGCACCGGCAGCAUUUUUCCACUGCUAUGCCGGUCCACGGCGAGGCGCGGACAGGCCACAGGUCUGGACAAAUGUGGGCCUGGCCCCUCUGGGGGAAGCCUUAGCUGAGGGGCGUUCCCGCCGCGCCACUUCAGGGUCUGCACCUCUGGGCCACUUCUCUGAAGUCCCAGGCUGCCGCCCCGGGACCCCCAAAAUCCUGGCUCUCCUAGCAGUGGUACGGCUGGGCGGGAGAGAGCAGCUCAGGGCCCAGGGGUGGGGGCUGGACACUGGCAUGGGACUCUGGAGCGGCAGCCCCAUUGGGAAGUGGUGCGAGAGUCCCAGAACUGGGCAUCUGUGCCCAGGAUCUAGCCAGAAGCUGUUGUCCCAGCCAGAAUGGCUUGGCUACCCUCUAGUAUGUUUGCCAACCCCUGCUAGGAGGUGCUCGCUUUUCACGUUUCAAGCCAAAACAGGACCAAACCAAUAUUUGGAGGAAUGGCUGGAUAUUAAUCAUUUUAUAUAGCACAACGUGUAAAUGUAAUGUAGCACUACUUUUACUCCUUGUUUUUUCUUCGAUAUGCUUUAACCGUAUGCUUUCGUAUGUUAGUACUUAUCUAAUUAUUCCUUAAUUGUGAGGAUUGUGGCCCCUAGCCACCUGAAAGCUGCCAGCAUAGGUCUACAGGGUACAAAAUAUGGUCUAGAGUGAUGAAACUCCAUUUACACUUGGUAUCCAAAACAUCAACUUCAAAGGAGGGUUUCGUGGAUAACGUAAACAAUGAGCAUUUGUGGAAAGGGCAAGUGGGGAGCCUUUUUUUGACAAGAAAUGUUCUUUUGCUUAAUUGAAGUAAAAUAACUUGUAGCAAUUUAGCACAUUAGUGGUGUUUAGUAGAUGGUAAUGAUAUGGUAAGUGCUCAAAAAUGCUUUAAGUGAAGAUUCUUUGGGGUGGUGGGGGAGGAGCAGAAGUCUAAUUGGAAAAGUAUUGUCCUUUUUUUUCAUUGUUAUUGUUCUUGUUCAUUGUCAGACUUUUCUGGCUACUCUUCCCUUUCAUCCUCCCUCCCCCCCCAAAAAAAAAAAAACACUUAAAAGAUUUAACAGUUUAGUGAACGGUUCUAAAAAUGGUGACAGCCAGGUAUUACGCUGCUGAGAGAUUAACAAUUUCUCAUCUCAGAGCAGAAUUUGCAUUUAGCAAUUCAUAAACCUUAGGCAGCCUGGUGAUAUAUAUAAUCCUGCCUUAAAAUUGUACCCCAUCUUCCUUAACUCUGAUGUGGUAAUGUAGUCUGAAUGUUUAUUCAGUCAAUCAAUCAUGAAACGAUAAUCCUUGUAGGGCAUUUAAUUAAAUAACUAUAUUUCCUGGUAAUUUUCCGAACAACAUAGAAAUAGCCAACCGAAUCGUGCGUUUUAUGAAUGCACUGUAUAAAUAUGACUAUGGUAAACUAGUUUUAGUUGGAGACAUAGAUAAAGGGAAAAAUGAGUACUCUUCUGCCCAUUUAAUUGGCAAAUUGUAAAUUAGGCAUACAUAUAUUAAUCUUGUUUUGCCUUCAUUAUGUUAGCCAAGUGGAAUGGAAGAUGAGGGGUUGCUUUAACUUUCCUGAGUUUAUUCCUGGUGUGAUAGAGUAAAGCUGGAGGCCAUAUUUCUGACAAAACAGGGAACUCUAACUGGCAUAAAAACACAACUUUAUUAAAUAUUGAAAAUGCUGUAGAUGCUAUUUUUAAAUGUACUUGGGCAGUCUUUGUACUUCAUUGUUAAUUUAGGGGCUUAGAGGGAAACUCUGCUAGCAGUUCUAAUGUAACAUACUUUAAGCAUAUCUUCAGUAGUAUUUAAAUAGAUGUUCUAAUUUCUACAUAAUUAUUGCACUGUACUUUUUUUGUUAUGCUAUGGUGUUGUAAUAGGUUCAGCUAAUUUCAGGUCGUCGUGUGCUUGAAUUUAGCAGGCUUACAGCAUUAUUUAUGAAGGACAGAUGUAUAAGUAUGAAGUACCUCAUGUUGAAUGUUAUUGUACUGUAUCUUUAAUGUAACAGUGCAACUCUUGUUAGACACAUGAAUGUGUAUAAUGUUAAAUAUGAAUAAAAUAAAGCUGGUUCUUAGCCUUG